AUGUCAAGCCCAGCUAGAGGUGGUGAUAGCGUUGCUCCUGGUACUGCUUUUUGGGGAGAUACGAAUAUUAGUGAUGCUGGUAAUGCAGGUUCGUUGACGUCGUCGCAUGCACCUUCUCUGGCGUUCAAUUGGUUGCCGCAUUUUCUCUCGCAACGCGUUUUGACGUCAAGUGUACCAAAGGAGCGUGAGUACAAUGCUCUUACCGUUGGUGGCAACGCCCUGUUUGCGACUUCGAAUUCAACGGCCCUGCAACCUUCCCCGCGACAUUCUCAAGCACAAACGACACAUUUUCUACCAAAUGCUGCGCUGGAGGCGAGGCAGGCAAUGCAUGCAUGGACAACAGGUCCGUCUGUGCGUGUGGGACAAAGAGAUGUGGAGGUAAAUGGAUUUACGAUUUCUGGGCAUGGGUACGGUGAACCACAUCCCCCCGGUGGUGACGUCACGCCUCAGCAGCGUGUUAUUGGCGAUGGUGGUGGCGGCGCUGGCCUUUAUGCAUCGGUAGAUCCCCAUUGGGGUUUAUUCCGCCCGAAUGCAAUAAUCAUGGAUGACAUCUUGCGCCGAAGGCCCUCCCUGUGGCGGUUUAUGCGUGACAGUCAUGCAAGAGUGAGGCACGCACCGCAAACGUUCUCCCGGUCUUGGAUGCAGCGAAUAAAUUGUAGAAACCGGGCGAUACAAGGCUUCCUGAAGCGCCACUAUCAAGCAACUCAUCCCCAAUGGGCGCCGUUGAGCCUAUUUAACCCGCUGACAUUUGAGCCGCCGCAAGACGCCCACAUUGGUUUCCCGCGAUAUCCUAGGAUGCUGUUACGUGCGCUGGGGCGAGAGAGGUACGCGAAACGGCCACCGCGACCUUUGAGCUUUGUGAAGAGUGCCUCUCGAUGCCAUCUGCGUGAGAAGCCCCAGUUGGAGUAUGUCCCUUUUAUAAUUAAAGGCUGGGGUGGGGGGACCCGCCAAGAUGCGAAGGAGGGCACGUUGCCCUUUUUUCAUAUUCCGUAG